AUGUCGCCCCCUGCUGCCCUCAACACACUGCAGAAUCAAGUGAGCGAGGAGAACCGAUGUAAAUAUUCGAGCAAGCGCUGCGACUUCCCUCGGUCUUUCAAGCGGAACGGCGAGCUGCAUCGCUUCUGCGACUACCACCGCAUGAAGGCCAACAUCAACCAGCGUCGGGUCGACCAGAGGCGAAAGGCUCAGCGAGCGUUGGGCAUUUCCAGCCCGACUUCAGCUCAAGACCCACAACUAAUGGCGCUUCCGGACGUGACGUGGUAUGAAGACUUGGACCCGCAGGACCUCGAGUACCUCGACCGCUUGCUGUCGAGCGAAGAAGAGCAAAUAGCGGCCGAAGCGGAGCCGUAG